AUGGUGAGUGUGGUUUCCAUCCAAUAUGAAUCGUCGUUCAACGGGGAUAUCAGGAUUGUCGGAGUGGUAUUCGCCCGUCGUGCCCGGUACGGCCUCCAUCCCCGCCCGUCUGCCGCGACCGCGCUGCGUACCUACUUCCCUGACAUCGACGACUCCUGGUCGUCUAUAUGGUACGCCUCAAGGAAAGGAGAAGACGUAGAUCAGUGCCACGACCGAUGCCACGGCUUCCUCAGCGCACUCAUUCCUGAAAUCGAGCGCAGGUACGGAGGCAAGCACAAACACAUCUUGCUUGUCAGCCACGCCGCCACCAUUAUUGCUCUGGCGAGGGAACUGCUGGGUGACAGGAACCUUCCUCUGAGAGUAGGCUGCUGCACCGUGUCGGAAUUCAAUCCCAAAUCAGAAGUCAAUGCUACCGUAGGGACUUGGGAAGCCAGCCGCCUGGCAGACGGCAGCUUCCUGAAGGAAGGUGCCAUGAGGGACUGGGGAUUCGAAGAUAUACAAAUCGCCAACGGCAAGGUUGUGGAAGAACCUGGAGAACCUGGAACGCAAGACGACCCGGAUGAGCCUGUCGGCUUACAGCUAUCAGACGCACAAUCAAGGAUGUAG